AUGAGGUCGUGGCUCCUCGCUAUCUACCUCACCCUGUUUUGUGGUAUUCGAGCAGAAGUCAUCGACGUAGCCGUAGGACAAUUGUUCAGCGUCCGACUAGAUGGCGACGAUAGCAUUUCGAGCGACAGUAUCCCAGGAUGGAUGAGUUUCGACGCUUCUCAAAGCACACUGUUCGGUGUGCCAAGAUGGAACAACUUCGAGAAUGUGACGUUACCAACGAAACGAGGCAGACAGAUUGAAAUCAAUAUCCACAUCGAGUUCGACCAAUGUGCUCAAAGCGAAGCGUUUAUCAUGCUGGAAAGCUAUGAAGACAAGCCUUAUGACAGCUACAAGAUCGAAGAUUUAAGGUAAAUAAUUGUAUAAAGUAACAAAUUUGCAGCAAAAAUUGUUCAUUAUUAAGAGCACCAAAUGAAAUAAGACCAAAAAACGCCAAGAUGGCAUAAUAAAACCUCAUUUUAGAGAAUUGAUAAAGGACUUUGCUGAAACUUUCGACCUCGAAAACCGGGACGUCCGUGCCUAUCGUGCCGAUGAAGUCACACGUUACCGAGAGUUCCAAGAGACAUUAAUCACCCUUAACAAAGACCUAGUACGACGUGACAAUGUCCUAGUUCUCUGGUCUAACAUCCUUUGUGGCAACAUUGAGCAAGCUGGUGAAGAGCGAACUGACCUUCUCUCAAAGGCUUCUGAACUCGACUCUAACCGUAUCAGAAACCUUCAGGUAAGACAAUUCUGAAAGUUUAAUCUUAAUUACUAAUGACAACAGAAGUAAUGCCGCUUUUAGUUGCAAUAGUGACAUACUAUUUUUGUUUUACUUCUGGUUAGCAUAAGUAACACCAUUUCCUUAUCUUUUCACAUUUAUAAUUGAUCCUUACUCAAUAAUACUGAACUUCAGCUGACCCAAGCUCGUGUCAAGAAGGAAGAACUUUUGGCCCUCCAAACCGCGACCCCAGCCCCCAUAGCCAGAACAACUCGCAUGAUCAAGGACAACCCUCCCAACAGAUACAAUAACAUCGACAAGUUCGAGUGUCAGAAGUAAGGCAUUAAAUGUUUUUGUUUGCUGGCUUUAUUUGCAUACGAAUUGGCAGCGGAGGCUCGCUUACUUACGUUGGCUACCCUUCACUUGUCUCAAAGAAAGCCUAGCUUGCAGUUGACAUAUUUGCCAUGACAUAAAUUGCGCAAUAAGGCUUAGAAGAAGGAAAAGCCAUGUGUCUUUAAUCGCCGGCCGUAACGUAUAAUACAUUAAUAAAAUCGUGUUUCUAUAAUAGUCAAUAGAUUAAGAACACCACAAUUGAGAAGAUAUGACAUAUUGCUUAUUUUACAUAAAAAGUAUAACUGUUAUACCUUCAAAGUUAUGACUUAUAUUAUCAUUUCAGAGGUCGAUUGUGCCAAAAAUGGCUGCCUUCGAACACUUUCAUCGACUCAGAAGACGGUCAGCUCCAGAAUCUCCGGUCCAAAGUGUUCAACGACGACAAGUCCAUCAACUUCUUGACCGUGGUCCACGAGAAGGAGAAGGUGGCCCUGGAGGGAGUCCCCUUGAGCACUGGAAUCUUCAGCUUCCGUUUGGAAGUUCGCGACUCUGCUGACCAGGUAAGUAAUCCUUGGCAUUAGUCGGCGAUUAAAACAGCAAACGACAGAUGUGAGGCCCGAUUUAUUCCACUUAAAUGCCCAUCUAAGAAGCUAAUAUAUAUCUUUUACGACCGGAAUUUUUCUUCGCGCAUCUGUCCAUGAGAAGCGAACAUAUAAAUAAGGACUAUAGAAGGGUCUCCUCAAUUAUUACCUAAAAGUAAACCGGGAAGAGUCAUUUCCGAUCGCCGCCGAUCGAAUUACAUUCAUUAACUCAUCCAUAGAUUACCCACCCAAUUCAGUUGAGAUUAUUUACAUCAUCAUUCAUUUUAUAAUGAGGUUCAUAUUACCCUAACAUUACCCCGACAUCAUCCACAUCCGUUUCAGAUGGCAGCGGCAGCUUUCAGCGUGGAAGUCAAGGAUGAGCCCGAGCCCAAUCAUCUCUUCGAGAUGGUCCUUGACACCAAAUUCAAGCGUUUCCAGGACGAACCCAAACUGCUUGUAAAGUUCGGCGAGAAGCUGGUCGAGAGAAUCGGCGGAAACCGCAAGGAAAUCGCCGUGAAUUCAGUAGAAGAAGACAAGCAGAACACCGUGAUCAGAUGGAGCAACAGCUCGUUGAGUCGAGUGACAUGUGAGGAAAAGCUCAUUAACGCCACUAAGACCAAAAUGACUGGAAAAGGAAAAGAGCGCGGUAUCCGCGACUUUGCCAAACACAUGGGAGCAGACUUUGCGAUUCGCGAUGUAAGUACAGUCAAGGAGAAUAUAAUAUUCUUUGUGAACUUAGUUAGAACAGUUGAAAACAUAAAGUAUUCUAACUAUACAUAAAAUAACAUACAUAACACAUUUUCACACGUUAUCAAUUAUAUUAUUAUAGGUUUCAAUCAAACUGCAAGGAACUUGUGGCCCUCAAACUGUCAGUCCUAAGAUUGUUCGUGUCCAUGCUUCUACAAUCUCUACUCCACUCGACGAAGAAGGCGGCAUCUCCAACAUCGUACUUCUCGUACUCAUUGUUGUAGCCAUCGUGCUAUUGUUGGCCAUCCUCUUUGUAGUUUUCUGUUGUAUCAAGCGAAAACAAGCACCAAAGAAGAGUCAAGAGUACACGACAAAAGGUAAUACUCAUUUUGAUACAGUAUCUUAUCUUUAGAAUAUCGUGAAACUCAUUUUAACUUUCAUUUCAACCUCUCCAGUUUCUUUUAAAACCUUCUACGAGCAAGUAACAUUAAAUUUACAUCAAGUAGCAUUUUUCAAAAGCUAUAACAUAGCAUUACACUCAAGUUCCUACGUACGACUAUAAUAACAUAACAUUUUAGGCACUCCAAUCGUUUUCCCCGACGAUGUCCGACAAGAUGACGAGACGAAUGGCAGCACGGCCGCUGUUACCACGCCAAUGUUAGUGAGCCACGAACACCCACCUCUGAACCCCAACACCACAUUGCACGAGAACCCCAUCUACAAACCACCAUCUGAAGCCGGAACCCCGACCAGAAGUGCUGUAGGACAACGACUGCCACCUCCGUACAUGGCUCCUUGA